UCUUGUUGCUUUCACAUAAGGAUUGUUUUGCACGACGCACGAGUAGUGUUCGGUGUGAGCGAGAAGAGAUCACUGGCUGCUGUUUUACUUUUUAGGGGAAGUUCAUAUUGAAUUAAAGGAACUAUUAAAACCAGCGGGAACCCGAGUCAUGUCUGGAAAUAUCACCUGCGAGAGCAUAAACCUGAACUUUACGCACAGCUUUCUGCCGCCCGUCUUCGUUACUGUGUUUGUUGUCGGGACGCUGUCAAACAUCUGGGGGCUGAGGAGUGUGUACCACAGCUGGAACAAAAUCGGGAGCAUCAACAUCUUCAUGUUGAACCUGGGGGUGGCGGACCUGCUCUACCUGUCCACCCUGCCCUUCCUCGUGUACUAUUACGCGCACAAUAGCGUCUGGCCGUUCGAGCAGCCUUUCUGCAAGGUGACCCGCUUCUCCUUCAACCUGAACCUGUACGGCAGCAUCGGCUUCCUCACGUGCAUCAGCAUCUACAGGUACCUGGGCAUCGUGCACCCCAUGAAAGUAAUGGGAAAAAUUACCAGCCGACACUCGCUGGCCAUCAGCGCGCUGGUGUGGCUUCUCGUCAUUCUUCAGAUCCUCCCCGACAUGUUCUUCGACAAGAAUGAUCGAGAGCACUCAAAUGCGUGUUUCGACACCACCUCCAAAGACCUGAUCAGACGCUACCUGCCCUACAGCAUCGGCUGGACCGUCACAGGGUUCGCCAUCCCGCUGCUGAUCAUCCUGGCGUGUUAUGGACACGUCGUCGUGGUCCUUGCCAAAAAAGCAAACAUUAACCCUUUACUGAAGCAGCGGUGUUUGAAACUGGUCGUGAUUCUGGUGAUACUGUUCUCUAUCUGUUUCAUCCCCUACCACGUGUUCCGAAAUCUUAAUCUGAGCACCAGGAUUUCAAAAGAAGAUGGGAUUUGCUACCCCAGUUUUCGCGACAUCUACAUUGCGCACCAGGUGGGCAGAUGUCUGGCGUGUCUAAACAGCGCAAUAAACCCGCUGAUUUAUAUUGUUGGAAAUGAUGAUUUCCUCAUGAAGCUGCACAACCUCAACAGGCGGGCCCGGCUGUCUCUGGCCGGCCUCAGAGGCGCAGUCAUCUACCGCAAAUCCGUGGAGGCGGACUCGCCGCCAGAGACGCGCGUAAACACGGACUUGUUGAAUGGAUGAAACACACCAUCGGUUCACCUGUGUCACCCUUCCGAGCGGCUCUUUCCAUGCCUAUCACCCGCCCAGAACUUCCACAUUUCCGGAAGCGAAGUACAAUAAAGAGCGAUGGUUUGCGAGAUAUUAAACUUAUUAUGAGAGAGGAAAUCAGAUGGAGGAUUUUCUCUGUAGCUACUGAACAACAGACAGAACGCGCUUUUUGCAGCUGAAAUACAUGUUAGCAUCUCAUUCUGUGCACUUAUUUAUUGUACCAGUAUUGUACCAAGGUGCUGUUGAUAUUUCUUUUGCACUUGUGUCUAACUGUGUUGGUGUCCAGUGGCUGCACAGUGCAGGUGGAAAGGAACAGUCAUAUCCAUGUAUUGUGCCUGAGCUAUGCCAGGGACUUGUUUAUAGUGUGCGAUAUGCUGAACCACCUUUGCACUGUUACAGAUGAAGCUUUUGACAGCCUUGGCAGUGGUUUGUGUUUUCCAGGCUUUAUGUGAAACUGAAACUCGGUUAAAGGCUUCAGAACAGAGGCACAGCCUUAUAUUGCAAGUUUGUUAAGAGAAUAUAUAGAUGGAUAUAUUUAUAUUUUAUAUACUUAAUAAGGAGCUGCAACAGUUAUGUCAGUGCUGUAAAUGUGGAGAAGAUGUUAAGUAAAAGAACAAAUGUCACACUGUAUAAAUGUAUUAAUUACAAGUGAAAGUAUUGUAUGUUCAAAUGUUAACUUAAAUAAAAAUACAAAAGUAUUAUGAACAUAUCACAAAUUAAAGUAGGCUACUCAUUAUGC